UCCUUCUGUUGCUAGAGAUUGAUGGUCUCAUAUUGAUCACGAAUAGGUAGAGCAACUUGCCCCUUUACGCAACAUACUUAGAGUUUGUUAAUGCAUUAUACGUUCGAGACAAGUCGAGUGAGACUUAACUCGGCCCACCUCAGUUGAUCAUCUGAGUAUAAAUCAAGCAAGUGGUUUUCACUGCCUUGUCCUCUUCCCGAGCAUCAAAGAUUUCGUGACUUUUGGUACUCAAGAAGCAGUUCUUUUCACUUAUAUUUGUCUGAGGAAUGGCCAAAACAGAGCUCGAUUAUUCAACAUUUGCUUUGGCACAAACCGACGAUGGCCGAUGGAGGAGAGGUGAAGCUGCAUGGGUUCUGGGGGAGUCCGUACGCACUGAGAGUGAUAUGGACGUUGAAGCUGAAACAAGUCCCUUAUGAUUAUUUGGAAGAGGAUCUCCCCAACAAGAAGAGCUCGCUGCUCUUGCAGUACAACCCGGUCCACAAGAAGGUCCCGGUUCUCGUCCACCACGGGAAGCCGAUCCCGGAGUCCCUCGUGAUACUUGAAUACAUUGACGAGACGUGGAAGCAGAGCCCUCUCCUUCCUCAGGAUCCCUAUGAGAGAGCCAGAGUGCGUUUCUGGGCCAAGUUCGCAGAUGAGAAGUGUAUGCCGGCUAUGAAGGCUGUGUUCUGCACUGAAGGCGAGGAGCAACAGAAGGCCGUGUUAGAAGCUCGAGAGACCCUGAAGACCCUGGAGAGUGGACUGGAGGGGAAGCUGUUCUUUGGAGGUGAGACGAUCAACUUUGCGGAUGUCGCUACAGGCUAUAUUGGUUGUUGGGCUCGAAUUGUCGAGGAAAUCACCGGCACCACUCUCAUUGAUGCUGAGAGCAUGCCUUCGCUCGAUGCUUGGUCCAAGAGGUUUCUGGAGCUACCCGUCAUCAAGGAAUGCGUGCCCCCUUGGGAUAAACUGAUAGAGCUCAAUUCUGGGUUCCUCCAGAAGUACCUCGCUUCAUUGAAAUGAUCUUUCUUCACUACCAUUUCCAAAUUCUUUAGGACUGCGUUAGAGGGACUGCGGACUAUUGUGUUGUAUCUCCAGCUCAUGAUGAUAAAACACGAUCUGAUAAUAAAGCAUAAUUUAUGCUUGCGUUGUAUUACUCUGUGAAUAUGCUCAGUACAGUUUGCAAUGACAAUACAAACAGAGAGAAUAUUUGUUCA